GCGGUUACGUUUUUUAUUUAGUAACUGUGUGUGAAUUUUGCGCUUUCUCCUUCCAAGGAUUAUAAACGUCAUUACUCCCACCUACCCAGCAAGUUAAGUCAAACCGCCUGACAAAAACACGAGUUUUUGCCAUAGAUGAUUUGGACGCUCCUUAUAAAAAGGUGUGCGUAUCAACAAACAAUUUAAACCCAUGAAACACCGAUUUCAUGGACAAUGUGGCCAAGUUGGUUUCCACUGUUUGACUAAUUUACUCUGCAGUUUGAAUCCGACAUUAGACUAUAUAUGUAUGUGAAAAUAUGAAUAACCAAUUAGAAGUAUGAGUGUUAAUUGUUUUUUCGAUUAUUUUUCAUAAAUGCCCACGACUAACACACGUAGAUGAUGUUAUUUUCAUGAAUUAAGGAAGGCACAAACUACAAGCGCGUCAUUUAACCGUAUUGACGGUGAUCGAGAGCGCGCAUGACUCUGUUAGUGAAGGCUGCGAUGGCGCUACCUUGGCUGUUUGUGGUGGAGCUCGGGCUGUACGCGGGAUGUUUUAUCUGCGGAAUCACUACUGCAGCAUCGGUAACAAUAGCUCAGGGGCAGUUUGCUGGGAAGUGCAUUCUGUAUGGCACCGUCAAUUACAACGCAACAAGCCAGACUCUCUCCAUGGUGAACUCCAGCUCCCCCUCCCUCUGCCACUUUGUGACGAUCAUCUCGGUGUGCGUGGCUGUGUACUGCUUCUCCCUCACCCUUUACUGGGUCUACGCCAGCUGUGUGGACCAAGAUGUCAGAAGGGGGCGACUUUGGAUGAGCAUAACUCUUGUGGUUUGUGGGGUCUUCUUAUUCUUCCUGUUGGUGACUGGAUGUAUCCUAAGGAUUGGUAGAAAUCGCCUCUGUGAGUCUAUAGUCCGCCCACCAGCCAUAACCAGUUGUGAAGAGGCCCAGAACAAGCCUUGGUCCGCCCCAUACGUUGGGACACAAUUCUUCACCAGCCUGCACAGUGCAGAGACGUCAGUGUGGGUGAACUUCUUCUUCUGGCUGCUGAUCGCCGGGGCAGUGGUUAUGCAGAGGUGUCAGGGGUCAGAGUUCACGGCGAGGGGAGAGGACACCGGCGGGGGCCCCUCCGAGACCGAGCCCUUCUUCCGCAGCCCUGCCGGGCCCCAGUGACCCGCUGUGCCCCCAGGUUCGCCUGACUUGACCCCGGUCCUGUGAUGUAACCACACCUGCGCACCCUGACAAAGUCCUUGAGCCUGUUUCAGAAGCUGGCUGGGAGCCCAGCUCUUUAAACAUAUCUGGCUUUACAAGUUAACGAGCCAGGCUCCUUUCCUUGAUGACUAAUUUCUCACUUGUCUAUCACGAGUCAGGCUCAUUCCCUUGGCGAAUAGUUCCUUGUUGUCUGACCUGUUUCUAAACCAGUUAACUCAAACUUCUGUGAACCGCAAAACAAGGCAUUGGACACUGUUUCUCUGACUGGAUGUUUGAGGAACUGUUUUUUCACAAAACAGCUCUUGCUCAUUUCAUAAAUGAAACGGUUUAUUUACUUUAUAACAUCAGAGCAAAAAAUGUAAUUGGAAAAAGUAAUAUUUUGGGCAUGACCAUGUUUAUAAAAAGGUAUCCAUCACAUAAUGCACUAUGUGACUGAUAUUAAACUUAGUCUUUUGUGAUAAAAAAUAUCUCAGAAAACUGACAGUAGACACACAGUAAACAUAUUAAGCAUGUGAGGAAGUGAACUAUACUUAGUAGAGGAAGUGAACUAUACUUAGUAGACACAGUAGAUUUUAUGGAAGAGGCAACAUAACAUUUUAUUUUAUUUUUUUAAUUUUUUUAAAUUGUUAUUCCAUUUUCAAUGGGUGAAAAUAUAACUAAGCUAUGUUAUAUUCUGAUAAAUGUGAAGUAUUUGGGAACAUCUGAAAUAUUUGCCCGUUUUUGACUGUGCUCUUUCAGCUGAGGAUGGGUCAUUUCACCUCUGCUGAAGGGGAGGUCCUGAAGUCCUGCAAGUCUUGCGGUUAAAUUAGACUUGGAUCCCUACUCGUGAGCUCAAUAACCAAACUACUCCAAUUGAUUUUAGUCAAGGUUCUGAGCCAAAUUUAAACAUGUCCCACAAUCUUCAGCUCUGGACUACAUUCCCUAUCAGGACGGUUUCCGUGUGAAAGAUUGGGCAAUGUUUUGUUCGUUGAAUUCGCCUCAGGUGUGAGUUGACUUCCUGUAUAAGUAAAUGCCAUUGCUCAAACAAACGUAAGACCUG